AUGCCAUUGCCCAGUCGAGCUCGUGUGUACGCUGAGGUGAAUUCCCAUCGACCUCGGGAAUACUGGGACUACGAGUCUCACGUCAUCGAAUGGGGCCAGCAGGACGACUAUCAGCUCGUUCGCAAGUUAGGUCGUGGCAAAUACAGUGAAGUGUUCGAGGCCGUCAACAUCACCAACAACGAGAAGUGCGUGGUGAAGAUACUAAAACCGGUGAAAAAGAAGAAGAUUAAGAGAGAGAUCAAAAUUUUGGACAAUCUCAGGGGAGGUACCAAUAUCAUCAACCUCCAGUCUGUCGUGAAGGAUCCCGUGUCCCGAACGCCAGCCUUGGUCUUUGAGCAUGUCAACAACACGGACUUCAAGCAGUUAUAUCAGACUCUAACAGAUUUCGACAUACGGUUCUACGUGUACGAGCUGCUCAAGGCUCUCGACUACUGUCACAGCAUGGGAAUAAUGCAUCGAGAUGUGAAACCCCACAACGUGAUGAUCGAUCACGAGAACCGCAAGCUCCGACUCAUCGAUUGGGGGCUUGCGGAGUUCUACCACCCGAACCAGGAAUACAACGUCCGAGUUGCGUCCCGCUACUUCAAGGGUCCCGAGCUCCUGGUCGACUACCAGAUGUACGACUACAGCCUGGAUAUGUGGUCCUUGGGCUGCAUGUUUGCCAGCAUGAUAUUCCGCAAGGAGCCGUUCUUUCACGGGCAUGACAAUUACGAUCAGUUGGUCCGCAUCGCCAAGGUCCUCGGGACGGAGGAGCUGUUCGAGUAUCUGGACAAGUAUCAGAUCGAAUUGGAUCCCCGCUUCAACGAUAUCCUCGGCCGACAUUCCCGCAAGCGCUGGGAGCGAUUCGUUCACAGUGAGAACCAGCACCUGGUGAGUCCGGAAGCGCUGGAUUUCCUCGACAAGCUCCUCCGAUACGACCACCAGGAGCGGAUGACCGCUCGAGAGGCCAUGGAACACCCCUACUUCUUCCCCAUCGUGAAGGAGCAGGCUCGGUUGCAGGGUGGGGUGGUGGGCGCACUCACCGGCAUCGGAGCGUCGGGAUUGAUCCCAAAUUCCAUGGGGGGAGUCCCUCAGUCCCCGAUCAUGAGUCCAGGGAACAACCCCAUCGUCACAGCCAACUCGCAGCAAUGA